UAUUGGUGCAGUUAGUUAGGAAGGCCCUGGUACAUCCUUGUUCUGCCAGAUACUUUUGCUCCAUUCAAGUGUAUGGAGAAAGGGAAAAGGAGCUAAUUAGGAAAUCAGGAAUGGGGCAUGAAGAAAUGACACGACAUAAGAGUCUGACGGUGGGUGGAGGGAACGAUGACACUUUUGUUCCUUCUCCAAGAUGUUUCUGAUUAGCUUGGAGCCCCUGGAAUUGUGCCCACCUGUUCUCUCUAUUGGUCCUGAGAGCAAACAAAACUGCCUUCUGUAUUGGGCAAUAUGUUCAGUUCUUUGAGCUCUGCUUGGACCAAAGUAUCUGAACUUUGUGCUCCCUAAUUAAGGUGACCUCAUCCUGUUACCACAGUAGUGUUUAAAGUCCAUCGGAGUGGGGCGUACACACAAAUCCUGAGCUCAAAAUAGCUCCAUUCCGAUUACCCCCUCACUCCCUCACAGCCGUCCCUCUCACAUUUAUGUUCUUGGGGCCUAGAUUUGUUUGGUCUGACUUCAGAAAUGCAGCUUGUUACCAGCGCCCUGAUUCUGUGCUUGGCACUGACUCCUGGGAAGUGCACUGAAGGGACGAUGCAGGACAACACCAUCCACCAAGCAGCACCGCCAGAAGAAAGCUUGACAUCAGACUGGGGGAUUGGGACAAUCCGGAACAGCUUUGAAACCGUUACUGGCUAUUUCGACUCCUUCAUGGAGAUGCUAGGAGGGAAAAAUGGAGUCUGUCAGUACCGGUGCAGAUAUGGGAAGGCACCAAUGCCCAGACCAGAUUACAAGCCUCCAGAACCCAAUGGCUGCAGCUCCUAUUUCCUGGGUCUCAAGGUACCCGAAAGUCUGGAUCUGGGCAUCCCAGCCAUGACGAAGUGUUGUAACCAGCUGGAUAUAUGUUAUGACACCUGCGGUGCCAACAAAUACCGCUGCGACGCCAAGUUCCGCUGGUGUUUGCACUCCAUCUGUUCCGACCUUAAACGUAGCCUUGGCUUUGUCUCCAAGGUGGAAGCAUGCGACUCAGUAGCCCAAACCGUAUACAAAAUGGUCCGGACUUUGGGCUGCCGCCCCUUCAUGAACAGCCAAAGAAGUGCCUGCAUUUGCAAUGAGGAAGAACGUGAUGAAUUGUGAGACGUGUAUCAAGCUGCUCGAUGGCUCUGACUUGACAUCUCCCUUCUCUUCUGAGGCUUGGUCUCCUGCCAUCUGAAGAGGUGCCAUUUUGUAACUGCAGGGUUAGGGGAUCAGGUGGCUGCAGCAGUGCAUUAACUGCCGCUUUUAAAGUUGGGAUCGAUCGAGAGAGGAAGGUGGAGCAGGAGGCUGCACUGGCCUUUACGCCACUUCAGUACCAUCUGACGACUUCCAUCACCUUUCCUGACUGAGCAUCUGCUUGACAUAAUUUACAGUCUUGUAUGAAGACCGCCUGGGAUUUGUGUGACUAUCUCAUAUAUGGUCACAUACAUGGUUAGCAGGGGUUAGCACUCCUGCUAACUUGGCAAAGAGGCACCUUUUAACGUGAUGAGCCUCUUUAUUUAGCAGGGGGAGAGUAACUGGCCCUAUCCACCCCCAGCACAGUACCCCCAGUGACUGUUGCUGGUGUCUGUCUUAUGUUUCUUUUUAGAUUGUGAGCCCUUUGAGGACAGGUAGCCAUCUUAUUUAUGUAUUAUUUUUCUGUGUAAACUGCCCUGAGCCAUUUUUGGAAGGGCGGUAUAGAAAUUGAAUUGAUGAUGAUGAUGAUGAUGAUGAUGAUAAUGACAAAGACUGCAGUGCAACACUGACUACAAUAAAUUCUGGCAGCAUAUAUGUGCAUAACAGCACUACCAAUAUCACAAGACAUUUACUGCUGCCAUAGUUUUUUGAGAGCUGCUGAGCCAUUCAGCUUUGUCCUACUGGCUAUGCAAACCCCAUGCUAUUGAAAAACAAACAUAGGGCUGUGCCGGCAAUUCUGAAUUGCUCAGCAGGCCAUAGAAUGGUAAUCUAUAUACAUUCACCUUAGGAACAAAGAGGGGAAUAACCACAGGACCACACUCUGUAUUGGCUUUGGCAUUCUCAUUUAUUUCAUUUCCAUUAAGUCAUGACUCCACUUUAAAAGGGACAACAUAUGUAUCACCUAAUAAAGAGAGAGAGAGUGGAACAAACAUUCUGAGGAGAAGAAAAGUUUAAAAUACAGGCAGUUGCAAAACUAACAUUUUUUAAAUAACAUAUAUAGUUCAAAAUAACACCAGAGAUUGCAGGUAACAUUAAGAAGCUCUUUUCUAGCUAUAUAGAAUUACUAUUAUUUUACAGCUUCAGGUGGUACACUACAUAUAUUUUUGUAAUCAUACUUCCAAAAUAUAACUCUUAUGCCCUCCAGAUUGCUGCCUGUGUACACUCUGUUUGAUCAAGGAGUUGCUUAUCGCAAACUGAAGUGUUGCUGACAUUUUGUCUAGCGCCUUCUCAUGGAAGAUAGGGGAAAAAAUUCUAAAUAUAAUCUGUUGCAAUUGAACUUCCUCCAUUCUCUGAUUCGUAACCUAUCUGAAACCCUUGGAGCUAUUUUGCACUGCAGUGAUACCUUGUAUGCUUUCCAACGCUUUCCAUUUACAUAAUAUUGGUUUUACACUGUUAAUUUUUUUUUCAUGAUCUCAUAACUAAAGCAUAUCGGCCUCCCCUC